AUGGCAGCCACCAUAAGUUCAGGAGUAAAAUUUCACAAUUUCUGACUGUUGGAAGAACUCAAAGAAGGCCAGAAAGGAGCAGGAGAUGGCACAGUUAGCUGGGGUCUAGAAGAUGAUGAAGACAUGACACUUACAAGAUGGACAGGGAUGAUAAUUGGCCCUCUGAUGGCAGACCCAGAAGCCAUAUCAGUGCUAGCAAAAUGGCAGAAUUCACAUAGCAUCAAAGUUGUACAAGAGCUUUGGUGCCUAAUGAUGUCUAAAGAAAAUAUGAAACUCCCUCAGCCACCUGAAGGACAAUGUUACAGCAAUUAA